GUUCGCUGGUCUGGCGCUACGCACGACGCAUAAAUAUGGAAUAAUUGUCAAUUGAGUCGGGAAUUCGAGAACCACCCUGAAAAUGAAGGUUAUCUCCUUGGAGAUUCGGCUUACCCACUGCACCCGUGGCUGAUGACGCCAAUCAGAAAUCCCCAAGAUGAAGGAGAGGUUCGAUUUAAUGCUCACCAUCGAAGGGCCAGGCAGAAGAUUGAGGCGACAUUUGAACGAUGGAAGAUGAGGUGGCUGUGUCUUCACAGAGAUGGUGGUGCUAUAUAUCGUACGCCAGAUCGGUGUUGCAAGGUGAUCAUCGCCUGUGCUGUGUUGCAUAAUAUAUGUGAGGAGCACGGCCUUCCCAUUCCCGAGGAUGUCCGAGUAAACGACGACAACCCAGAUGAAGACGUGAAUCCGCCCAUCAUGCCAGAUGAUGUCAAUGGAGAAAGAGUUCGAGCGGGAAUCGUCCGAGAUCAUUUCUGGGCUUAGUAUGCCCUCACUUGUAUUGCGAUUCGCUAUACUGCAGUGGUACAAAAAAAUUUAUGGCGGACGAGCACUAGGCCUUCAGCUUCAAAAACGGAUACCGAUUUUUAACGGACCCCGUGUGCUACUGAACGUCACGUUAAAGGAAUGUAUACGUAUAUUGUUCUACAAUUACUAAACUGUUUAUUUACCCUUUAUUGACAGGUCUUACACAAUUUAACAAUCAAAGUGACAAUUACUCCGGAUAUAGUCAUAUAUCCGCCUUGGGACGAAUCAUUACAUGUAACGGUAUCCAGAUGUAUACAUCUAUACGACUUUCAUCAACUUGUUAGAGAUAAACGUUCAUGACAUUAGCGGCCUCGUAAGCUCAACGAGACUGUCUUGUAUACCUCAAAGAACUAUGGUUAUAAAAAGUGAGAAUUAUGCAGCCUAAUGCCAAUUCUUCCGUACCCACAAAAAUGGUUUUUUUAUUCUUGCCAGAAUUCAUUAAAAUCAAGAUAUUUCCGAUAUAAACAAAACUUGUCUCAACUCGCUAAGACAUUCGUGCUAGUAAUGGUACAACCUUAUUCGGCCUAAACACAUUCAGAACAUACAUUACCUGUACAUGUAUUACGAUAUUGUAAGAUGCAAAUUAUGCAGUAAAAGUUCAAUAAAACUUACAAAAUGUAUUACUGACUAACUUUCAUCAUGAAUGAUCUAGAAUUCGAAAAGAAAUACCAGUUAUGAGGAUCAUAAUCACUGCAGCAAUGCUUAUACCAAGCAUCAAAGUCGCAAUACAUCGGAUUAUGAUUGAUCUACAAUUAAGAGAUGUGAUCAAAUAUGUUCUGGCGACCUGUCGGAGGCAUCUCGCGCUCCGACAAUGGUACUACGCUCUGCAAUUCCGUGUACCUGGAACCUCCGUCAGAUUUUUCUUGAUGAAGAAUGACAAGUGUUUCAAGUA